CGGGCCCCAGCCAGCCCGCGCCGCGCCGCCAUGACGGCGCGCGCGCUCUUUACCCUGUUGACCGCGAUAUUCGCCGCGGCGACCCUCGGAAAUGCCGAGAAGAGCAAGUUCUAUUAUAUGGACUCGCUGUGCAAGGAUCAUUUCCUCCAGCGACAGUACCGGAAGCUGGACGGCGGCGUGCUGUGGUCCCGCAACGAGCGCAACCUCGACUGCUCCGUUACCUACCAGACUCAUAGCGUCUUACAGCGCUUCAUGCUGCACUUCGACAUGCUGCAGCUCGACUGCAACGACCACCUCUACGUGUACGACGGCGCGCACGACACCGCGCCACCUAAGGCGGAUCUGUCGUGUCGCAACACGAAGCAGCAGGUGGGGGCGCUGUUCACUCGCAGCAACUUCGUCACCCUUAAGUACGUUACCGACAACUGGGGAACCGACGCCAACGGCUUCAAGCUAGUCAUCACUGCCAUCAAGGACCCUAAACACGGGUGCAAGGAGUUCCGGUGUAAGCAGCGGGAGUUCUGCGUGAGCGCAGACCUCGCGUGCGACGGCGUCGACCACUGCGCUGACGGUUCCGACGAGGACACGAACGCUCUCUGCCACGAGAGUGGCGGCGCGGGCGGCGGCGGGCUAUGGCUGGUGUGCGCGGCGGGGGGCGGGGCGCUGGCGCUGGCCGCCGCCGCGUUCGCGCUUUGCUGCCACUGCCGCCGGAGGGCGCCUUCGCGCCGCACUCAUCUACACUUGGCGCAGAUGGCGAGCAGCAACGGCGCCGGGUCGGCUGGCAAGCCGGCGGGCGGCGAGUCCCCGCCGGCCUGCCCGGGCGGCACGCGGCUGCCGGGAAACUGGGCGCUCCCUGCGGGCCCGCGCGGGUACAACGCGGCGCGUCCGGGCCGCCUGCGGGCGAGCGCACAGCGCUGAGCGCCGCCCCGCACAAGGACGAGUGGUUCGUCUGAGGCGGCCCGGUCGGGCCCGCAGGGCGGGGGCGCCGUACCGGCCCCCACUACUCCUCUCCCGUGUCGCACGCUACAGUCGCGCGACGCGGUCACGUGUUCCAUUCACAACGCGACCGAUUUCCGUUAGCAGGCGCGUUUCGAAGCGUCACUUGCGACGCAACAUGUUUCAGUUUCCGAGCGGAAGCGCCGCUCGCGACGCUCUCCGAGUGCGAACCGGUUCACGUGUUACGAUGGUUUUGGUUUAGAGUAGGAUGAUAAAUGUGUUCAAAGGCACGUCGUGCGACGCGCGAUGCGUCGUGACGCGAUGUGUUCUGUACCGAGUACCGAGUUGUAUGGAUUUCGAGAGGCCCCUGGUCGACUGGCGAUAAUGUUGCAUACAUAUUUUAUACUAAAUGGCAUUAAUACUAGUUUAUAGGUAAUACUGAAAUGCAAUAAUAAUAUAAACAGAUUACAUAAUUCUCCCGCUGCUAGGUUCGAGCCUUGGAAAGAGAAAUAUUUUAGUCGUUAUUGUACUCGACGAUCCUUUUUGGGGACGACAUUCAUACUUAUGCAAUGUUAUUGACGAAGUAGGGGCCAAUCUUUUAGACGUGACACGUUGCCGUAUUUAGUUUGUAUGUUGACGAUUUAAGAGUUUAAAAUAAAUGUCGCGUGAUUUGACGCUACGCAUUUCACAACUUUCGACGAGUUCGAUUCUCACUUUUAGCUCGAAAGCGCAAUUAUAUUUUCAAAUAUGAGUAAUGCAAAUUAAACCACGCGUGGAUUCCAACAUUGCGUGUUUGCUGGUGGAAAUGCGUCGCGUCAUUUCACUCGGAGCAAUAAGCGCGACCCGCGCCGGCCGCAACGACCCGCGAGACAAACUCCUCGUCAUAUCACUUUUAGAUAGUUAUUAUAGAUUAUAUCGAGCCUGUAUAGCGACGUAGAGAUACAUAUCAAAUGAUGAUAAUAAUAAUAAAGUUUAAUUUUGCGAAUGCUUCGCAUCGAACAUAUCAGGUGCCCGGCGCGGUGUGCGGCGCGCGCUCUGUGUACAGAUACAAAUGUACAGUUGCUGCGCGCCACGUAUCCGCUAAGGAUGAAGUUUGCCUAAGAGAGGAGUUUGUCUCGAGCUGCGGCUGGGGGCGGCGCGGGCCGCCAGGUGUCGCGAGUGGUCAGGGCGCGCCGCGUCGCGCGACACGCGGUGACACGCGGGCGCGAGAGACUGUUACACCGACACGACAGUGCGAGCGGUGUGAGCGGCGGCCGCCUGCCUCCGGCCGCGCUCACACCGCACCGAGCGAUCUAUCCGAACGUAUCUUGUAUGUAUAUGUAAUACUUAAUUUUAGCGAGGAUUUUUUUAGGUGAUUUUUACUCGUUUAGCGACAGGCGCUCCGCCGCGUCUUGUGGGAGUCCAGUUUUUGGUGUUACGAUAAACGCAAUGUAAAUUUAUCGAUAUGACAUUAAACAUUUUUGGCUUA